CGCAGGGCCCGCGCGGGCGCCGCCGGAAGUGACGUCAGCGCGCAGCGGCUGAGGCGGGAGCGGCGCUCGGAGCGGCCCGAGGGGACGGCGCCAUGUCCUCGACGUCACAGAAGCACCGGGACUUCGUGGCGGAGCCGAUGGGGGAGAAGCCGGUGGGGAGCCUGGCCGGCAUCGGGGACGUGCUGGGCAGGAAGCUGGAGGAGAAGGGCUUCGACAAGGCGUACGUGGUGCUGGGGCAGUUCCUGGUGCUGCGCAAGGACGAGGAGCUGUUCCGGGAGUGGCUGAAGGAGACGUGCGGGGCCAACGCCAAACAGAGCCGCGACUGCUCGGGCUGCCUGCGCGAGUGGUGCGACGCCUUCCUCUGAGCCCCCUCCCCAAAAAACGGCACCCCAAAACCCCCAACCCCUCCCUGCACCCCGAAACCCCAGCCCCCGAGCCCCCCAGCCCGUCCCCGCGCCCCCAAAAAUCCCCCAAAGUCCCGGCGAGCUCCGGGUGCCGGGCGCUCCUUGGAGGGGCUGGGGGCU